AUGUCCGCCCAGGCUCCAGCACCCGCAACAGUCAGUAAUGGCGCAAAUGCAGCCUUCAAGGACAAGAACAAGCCGAUGGAACUGCGGUUAUCGAAUAUGGUCGCCGCAAAGGCUAUCAGCGAUGCUGUCAGAACAUCUUUGGGCCCAAAGGGAAUGGAUAAAAUGAUCCAAACGUCCAAGGGAGAAGUCAUUGUAACCAAUGAUGGUGCAACGAUCCUUAAAAGUAUCCAGGCUCUCCAUCCUGCAGCAAAAAUGCUCGUCGAUCUCUCCGCUGCUCAGGACGUCGAAGCCGGUGAUGGAACAACCUCCGUAGUCGUCCUCGCGGGAAGUCUUUUGGGAGCUGCAGAAAAGAUGCUUCAGAAAGGAAUCCACCCAACUACCGUCGCAGAAUCCUUUUUCAAGGCAUCCGCCAAGGCAGUCGAGUACCUUGAAGAGAUGUCCACUCCUGUUGACCUCAACGAUCGGGCCAGCCUUCUCCGCGCUGCAAGCACCUCUCUGAACUCAAAGAUCGUCUCCCAAUACUCCUCCAUCCUCUCGCCCAUUGCCGUCGAUGCCGUUACCCGUCUUGUCACUCCCACAUCUUCCAACGUCGAUCUCCGUGAUAUCCGUAUCGUGAAGAAAGUCGGAGGAACGAUCGAAGACACUGAACUCAUUGACGGUGUCGUCUUGAAUCAGAAUGUCGUCGUUUCUGCAGGAGGACCUACGCGGAUGGAGAAGGCCAAAAUUGCUAUCGUCCAAUUCCAAAUAAGCGCACCCAAACCCGACAUGGACAACACCGUCGUCAUUAACGACUACAGACAGAUGGACAAGGUGAUCAAAGAAGGUCGUCAAUACCUCCUCAACAUGUGCAAAAAGAUCAAGAAGGCCAACUGCAAUGUUCUCUUGAUCCAAAAGUCCAUCCUUCGUGAUGCCGUCGACGACAUCGCACUCAACUUCCUUAAGCGCUUGAAUAUCCUUGUCGUGAAGGAUGUGGAGCGGGAUGAAAUCUCGUUCCUUUCGAAAUCGCUUGGAUGCAAACCCAUCGCCGAUAUCGAACAUUUCACAGAGGACAAGCUUGGUUAUGCCGAUCUCGUCGAAGAGCGGGACGAUAACGAUGUCAAGGUCGUGCGUAUUACAGGCGUAAAGAAUAGGGGACGAACGGUCAGCAUCCUCGCCAUGGGAGCCAACAACCUUGUCGUCGAAGAAAGCGAGCGAAGUAUCCACGAUGCUCUCUGUGUUGUCCGUUGCUUGGUGAAGAAGCGGGCGUUGAUUGGAGGUGGUGGUGCACCCGAAAUCCACGUAUCCCGAUUGCUCUCGCAAUACGCUCACUCCCUCAAGGGAAUGGAGGCCUAUUGCUUCCAGGCAUACGCAGACGCUCUCGAGGUCAUCCCCAACACUUUGGCAGAAAACGCUGGCUUGAACCCCAUUGCAAUCGUCACCGAGCUGCGCAACAGACACGCACUUGGAGAGAGGAAUGCUGGCAUCAACGUCCGCAAGGGCUUGAUCUCGAAUAUUCUCGAGGAGGAUGUCGUCCAGCCUCUGCUUGUCACGACGAGCGCUAUUGAAUUGGCGACGGAGACUGUGUGUCUUUUGUUGAAGAUUGACGACUAUGUUCAAGCACCCCUGCAUAUAGAAGAUUCGAGUUACUUUAUGCAAGAAUAG